UGAAUCUUUCACAAGACCAAGUGACAUUCCGGACGGCUUGGCGCUGUUUAAACUAUUUGUUUAUAUUUUUGUUUCUUCUUUUUUCUCAAGUGUCAUAUACGUGUUUUUAUUUUUGGGUGUUCACUAAAAUUCUUAAUGUGCAAAAGAAAAUUUGAGUGCAAGAUUUUGCGUAAAUCCCACCUCAAAAUUAUAUCAUAAUAUAUAUAUUGUAUUAAAUCGUUGUUGUUGUAUCGUUGUUAAGUGCUAAGUGCCGGUGAGAGUUCACGUUGCUACACAAAAUUUUAACAGACAGCGAAACUCAAAAUAUAUGCGAUCUGAAAGCGCAAGAGGAUAACUAGACCAACGCUCAAGGAAAAUGCAGUUUACCACGAGUUGCAUGAUGGCGCUGCUGCUGCUGCUGCUGGCCAUAACACAGCUGACGACAUCGGCGCCCGCCGAGGCUCUGCUCGAGCUGCAGGACGGCAGCGAGCCCGCCGAUCUGAACCCCAUCAAUGCAGAGGAGGUGUUAGGCGGCGGCGAGCUCGAGCGCAACAAACGAAAACUGCCCGAUGCGACAUUUGAGGCGAAAAAUGCCGUGCUCGGCUUUGUGUUUGGUAAGAUCGAUAACUUUCUAGAUACAAAGACUCGGGUGAUUGAGCAGCUGGAUCGCUCGAAUAUCGAGAAGAAUAAGCAGUGGGACAUUAAGUCGCCGGUGCCAAUCAAGGACUUCCAGACUCUGAUCACGGCAGUGGUGUCGCCAAAGAUACGCUCCAUCGGCAACAUUGCCAACGAUCUGACGACCGGCGUAUUGACGACCAUAACUGCGUUCAGCGGUUCCUCGUCAGGCAAUGGCAAUCCCAACGCCGGCCUCGGCAACGUCGUGUCCAAGUUCUUGAGCUUUUCGGGACCCAUUCUGCAGGGGUCGUCGGGCGGUGCCAAUGGCAUAGCUGGCGUCACAACACCGGCCCCCGACUCCGAUGAGGCGGGCUAUUAAGCUACUGUCUCACUGGCUACCUGGCUAACUUGUUGGCAGGCUAAUUGGAUGACCUGAUCUGGAUCGUUCGUUUGUCCGUUCUGAGUUGAGGUUUUCUAAUUUAUGUAAAUCACACACAUAGCUACACGUCACACACCUACACACAAACACACCCACACACUCUGGAGGAGUGAUCUGUCCUAAGUCUUCCUCUGAUGCUCGCACUCUUUCAUUGGCAUAUCAAUUCUGUACGAUUUUUUUUUUCUCUUGUCGUAGUUUAGAGAUAAGUUUGAAAUUUUGUUAACGCUUCCGAUUGUUUGUCGUCAGGGCAAUAUCUAAGUUUAUUUUAUGCUACGCAUUGUACUCAUGUUUGUAAAUAUUGGCGCAUAUAUAUAUAUAUAUAUUAAUGUAACGUUCGACUAAAUAAAACGAUAAAUUAAACACUUGAUUUUUACAUAUGUAUCAGCAAGACAUUAAAAAAAGACGAAAAAAUGAAAAAGAAAAAAAAAAAUCAACCGCAACCGAAACAAAAACUCGAUUUUUUCAAUGCAACCCUGGGAUCGACACAGCGCUAGCCUUGGCCUUGUCUUCAUUAUGUUUAAUAUGUCGCAUGCCUUGAUAAGUCGGCCU